UCAAUCCAUCUAUCUGUCCAGUGUCCAUCAUUAUCUAAGCAAUUGUUGUCUUGUUUCUUGCAAAUUUACAACAAUCAAUCAAAAAACAAUCCCAUUGUUAAAAUGAUUUUAAAGGAAUUAUUUCUAGUACUUGCAGUACACUUAUCAUUGAGCCUCUGCGAGCCACAAUCGCAACAAUUGGAUACUCUAAAAAUCAAAGAAAAUGAAGACACCAAAGAGGAUUUAAAAGCAUCUGCGAGUGUAGGACUUUAUCAAUACGCUGGAUAUGGAAAAUAUCCAUACACAAAUGGUCUCUAUGGCGGUGCAGGAUAUGGAGGCGGUGCCUUAGGAGGUACCCAUGGAUACAAUAAUUAUGGUUACUCUUCUCCUAGCUACGAUUAUGGUGGAUACGGUGGUUAUGGCACUGGCAGUUACGGUAAAGGUUAUGGCAGUUCAAAUACAUACUUUUAUCCACAAGUUGGAACUGGAUAUUCCAAUUAUCCGUUAAAUGGAUACGGAGGUUAUGGUGGUUAUGGGGGUAAUGGGGGAUUAUUAAGUUAUAGUGGUUAUCAACAUCAAGGCUACUAUAAUAAUGGAUUAAGAGGUUAUGAUAGUGCGUUAUCUGGUAAUUUAGGUUAUGGAUACUAUUCACAAAACUAUCCAAAUCAUGAUUAUAAUGGAUACGGUAAAUAUCCAACAUAUUCGUAUCGUAGUGGUUAUUCCUUACCUGGUUAUGUAACCGGUUAUCGUGGUUACACUCGAUAAAAUUUGGUCAUAUCUGUCAGAUGUCCACUGAUCUCUAUAUAACUGGAUAGAGGAUUUAUAUAGCAGUAUGGCGACAUUGAAGCAUUUCCAGGGCCCCAGAACGAGUGACUGGAAACUAAAUGAACUAAUUGUACGAACUAUAAAUUUUUUAAAUAUGCGCUUACGCCGUUUUUGGUUUUAGUUCUAUCCACUCAAUUUUAAUCCAGUUAUAUAGAGAUCCCCAAAUACUUACCUCUAGAUUCUCUAAAAAUAAACCCUUUCGUGUAAUCUUGAGUUCCAAAGUUUCC